ACAGUGUUGAGCUCGUGUUGGAUUCAUCAGCCAUUCCUGAAUCAGGCACUGCCAAAGUGAGGUCUAGACCCACAGUCAAGCACUACAUGGUAAGUUCCAAUAACUCUGCAUGAUGUGUGGAAAAAAAUCUAUUUGAUUCUAAUAUAUACUUAAAAUCUACAUUUCAACACUGGAGACGGUGUUGCAGCUUUUAUUGAGACUGCUGUUAAGCUUCUACAGUGCCUUGCAAAAGUAUUCAUCCCCCUUCACGUUUUUCCUGUUUUGUUGCAUUACAACCUGUAAUUUAAAUGGAUUUUUAUUUUGAUUUCAUGUAAUGGACAUACACAAAAUAGUCCAAAUUGGUGAAGUGAAGUGAUUUUUUUUCUCAAAAUUUCAAAAUGUUCAAAAAUAUAAAUAACGGAAAAGUGGUGCGUGCAUAUGUAUUUGCUAUGAAGCCCCUAAAUAAGAUCUGGUUCAACCAAUUACCUUCAGAAGUCACAUAAUUAGUUAAAUAAAGUCCACAUGUGCGCAAUCUAAGUGUCACAUGAUCUGUCACAUGAUCUCAGUGUAUAUAUACACCUGUUCUGAAAGGUCCCAGAGUCUGCAACACCACUAAGGAAGGGGCACCACCAAGCAAGCGGCACCAUGAAGACCAAGGAGCUCUCCAAACAGGCCAGGGACAAAGUUGUGGAGAAGUACAGAUCAGGGUUGGGUUAUUAAAAAAUAUCUGAAACUUAGAACAUCCUACGGAGCACCAUUAAAUCCAUUAUUAAAAAUGUAAAGAAUAUGGCACCACAACAAACCUGCCAAGAAAGGGCCGCCCACCAAAACUCACGGACCAGGCAAGGAGGGCAUUAAUGAGAGAGGCAACAAAGAGACCAAAUAUAACCCUGAAGGAGCUGCAAAGCUCCACAGCGGACAUUGGAGUAUCUGUCCAUAGGACCACUUUAAGCCGUACACUCCACAGAGCUGGGCUUUACGGAAGAGUGGCCAGAAAAAAGACAUUGCUUAAAUAAAAAAAUAAGCAAACACGUUUGGUGUUCGCCAAAAGGCAUGUGGGAAACUCCCCAAACAUAUGGAAGAAGGUACUCUGGUCAGAUGAAGGAAAACACUAUGUCUGGCGCAAACCCAACACCUCUCAUCACCCCGAGAACACCAUCCCCACAGUGAAGCAUGGUGGUGGCAGCAUCAUGCUGUGGGCAUGUUUUUCAUCGGCAGGGACUGGGAAACUGGUCAGAAUUGAAGGAAUGAUGGAUGGCGCUAAAUACAGGGAAAUUCUUGAGGGAAACCUGUUUCAGUCUUCCAGAGAUUUGAGACUGGGACGGAGGUUCACCUUUCAGCAGGACAAUGACCCUAAGCAUACUGCUAAAGCAACACUCGAGUGGUUUAAGGAGAAACAUUUAAAUGUCUUGGAAUGGCCUAGUCAAAGCCCAGACCUCGAUCCAAUUCAAAAUCUGUGGUAUGACUUAAAGAUUGCUGUACAUCAGCGGAACCCAUCCAACUUGAAGGAGCUGGAGCAAUUAUGCCUUGUAGAAUGGGCAAAAUCCCAGUGGCUAGAUGUGCCAAGCUUAUAGAGACAUACCCCAAGAGACUUGCAGCUGUAAUUGCUGCAAAAGGUGGCUCUACAAAGUAUUGACUUUGGGGGGGUGAAUAAUUAUGCACGCUCAAGUUCUGUUUUUUUGUCUUAUUUCUUGUUUGUUUGACAAUAAAAAAUAUUUUGCAUCUUCAAAGUGGUAGGCAUGUUGUAUAAAUCAAAUGAUACAAACCCCCCAAAAAACUAUUUUAAUUCCAGGUUGUAAGGCAACAAAAUAGGAAAAAUGCCAAGGGGGGUGAAUACUUUCACAAGCCACUGUAGGUGUUGUUCUCCUAACACUUCAAGAUGAACAUCACAUGGAAUUUGUUAUAGGGCUUGUCUUUAGUUGUUGUCAAUGCAUUAGGCACACAUUACUUUCCCACAAGUCUGCUGAAUUGUGAAUUAUUUCUCAACAAGGCCUUUGUAGUACCUGAAAGAGAAACUGCAUUGCCUCAUGAAGGGCAUUCCUGUAAUCAUUGAUCACUGUGACCACCUCAGAGUCAGACCCAUUACUCACACCUGGUCAAUCUGAAAGCAUACUUUUCUAACCGGCAGAUUUCACUUGCACAGGCUAUUCACAUGUAUAAAGAGGGAGUAACCGAAGUUUACUUGCAGGUAGGCUAUCCAUGUGACGAGGGUCAAUUUGUUUGCGUGUUGACCCAGUCUUCUCAAGUAAUUUCUGUCCUCAGAAAUUCUCACCCUAUUUACUUAGACAUUCUCAUGCGGGCACAAUAACUAUAAGAAUGUCACCUUGGUUCACACAAUCUUGGGUCUUGUACUGUCUGCCACAAUGAUGGCACCUAGCUCAUUUGCCCUCGAUUCAACAUGGUGUCCCUGUAGGUGAUCCAGAAAAGCUCAGCCGUAUCUGAUUUUUUAAACAAGUUGUACUAUGUUGUUAUUUUGUUGUAGGUAUGAAAGCCUACCUCAGAAAGGGAAGUGUCCUAUGUGACUGCUCCUCUGGUAUGUGUUAGAUGUGCCACACCCAGCAGCACAGGGGUUGGACUGCUCUGACUGACUGCUCUGAUUUUCACCAGUGAGUCAUGGAAAAGAAACAUAAGGAAUUAAGCCGGUUCAGAAACUGCAUUUAAUGCCGCACCCUUCGCCCCUUGUGAAAUGUUCAUGCCUUUGCAAUGAGCUGCCUGCUUCAAUGAAUAGUCUGCAAUCAUGAGAUAUUUAAGGCAUGACAUAAGGGAGGUGUUCUGUUCACAUUAGAUGUUUUAAAGAUACAGUGUAACCGAGGUUGUUGAGAAAGGACCACACCUGAACCUUUUCCACUAAUAACUUAAUAUUUCCACAGCUGAAUGAAAGUUAUUUAUGUGUCCGCUGCCUGAACUUUGGAGUAUUGCGUGUACCAUGUGAAAGUUCUAAACAAACCAAGUGGUGGUGGCCUAACCAUCAGGCCAAUGGCAGUAACUUGAUUACAGUUUACAGUUACAGGGGUGAACCUAACUUUGGAUUGUUUUGCUAGAUUAGAGGCCCUCAGGCCCAGUAUUGGGUAGUUACACUGGUCAAUGUGUUUUUUGGUCUGUAAAAGUGACUUCCAGUCCCUGUGUAGGGUGAUUCUGACCACAGUCUAUCAGAUUUGGAAGGGCAUAUCUCUGUUCUGUCUGCAGGGCAUGUGUGUGUCAACACAGUCUGUGUUUAUUUAUAGUGGUGUUUGGGCUGUGAUGAGAACGGUCAGUCACACAGGCAGGCAGCAACAUGACGGCACAUCCCUUUUUCUCAGAGGCAGUCACACCCACUUAACGUUUUCUUACGUGAAGAGAUGGGAGUGUUGCCUGUGCCUUGCCCAUACAACGCCCUGCCUGUGGAUGAGGCAUGACAGUGUGGCUACAAAGGCAGUAAUGUCGUGAAAAGGGCCCAGAACUGGGCUAGUAAGCUUCAGCUAGUGCCUAGCAAGGGGUUAGAUACAGUAUACCAAUGGAAAAUAUAUUGCUGAAUCAUUUCAAGUGGGGUGCUCAGUGCCCAAAUGAGACUAUGUUAGAGAUCCUGUAGCCUCAAUCUACACAAGGAGGCUUUGCCGUUAUAGUAAAGGACUCCAACUGCUGGGAAGACUAAAAGGAAUUUUGGAUUUAAUGUGCCUGGCCUUCCUCUGUUUUUGGUAAUUGACACUACUUGUACACUGAUGUACUUGUUUGUUUCCUGAGUGUAAGGUUUAGUAAAUUAAUAGUUUUUGCAUCAGUGGUGUCAUCACGCAACAAACAUGCUAACCUGUUCUAAGGUAGAUGCAAGUAGUAGUUUGGAUAACAGAUUGGAUCACUGCAAGCCAUAGUGUAGUCUAGAAGAAAUCCAAUCCAUUCCCUUCCUCUCACACUCAGUUCCUUGUACAAUCUCAGGGUGAAAUGUAAACAGUCUGAUGGCUUUUGUCCUUGUUUCCCACAGUCCUCCUCUGACAUUGUGCAAGGGUUUGCUGUCCCAACACCCAAAGUUCCUGUCCUCCCAUCUUUCAACGGACCAAAGAUAAACAGGGCAGGUGAGGGUCUGCCAAAAGUCUCUGUGUUUCCCAGAGUUAAGCUGUGCAGCUAAAUAAUUUAAGUUUCCGUGAACUUAAGCCUUAGUGCUGGUUUUAGACAGAGAUCAAAUUUCAGCACAAACUCAAAGCAACUCUGUUUUCAUAAAGGGCUUAAAUAUAUAGAGCAGGUACAGUGCCUUCAGAAAGUAUUCACACCCCUUGACUUAUUCCACAUUUUGUUGAGUUACAGCCUGAAUUCAAAAUGAAUGAAAGUGAAAACCAUGUUUUUAGAAAUUUUAGCGAAUGUAUUGAAAAUGAAAACAAAAUUCAAUUUACAUAAGUAUUCACACCCCUUAGCUAUGACACUCCAAAUUGAGCUCAGGUGCAUCCAAUUUCCUCUGAUCAUCCUUGAGACGUCACUACAACUUGAUUGGAGUCCACCUGUGGCCAAUUCAAUUGUUUGGACAUGAUUUACAAAGAAACACAUCUGUCUAUAUAAGGUCCCACAGUUGACAGUGCAUGUCAGAGCAGAAACUAUACCAUGAAGGCCAAGGAGCUGUUCUUAGAGCUCCGAGAUAGAAUUGUGAUGAGGCAUAGAUCUGGGGAAGGGUAUAAAACUAUUUCUAGAGUGUUGAAAGAGCACAGAGGUCUCCAUCAUUGGGAAAUUGAAAAAAUAUGGAACUACCCAGAGCUGGCCGUCCAACCAAACUGAGCAACAGAGCAAGAAGGACCUUGGUCAGGGAGGUGACCAAGAACCCAAUGACCACUGAGAUGGGAGAACCUGCCAGAACACCAGUCUCUACAGCACUUCACUAAUCUGGGCUUUAUGGGAGAGUGGCCAGACAGAAGCCGCUCCUGAGAAAAGGCACAUGACAGCAUGCCUGGAGUUUGCAAAAAGGCACGUGAAUGACUAAAGGCAAAAGAUUCUGUGGUCUGAUGAGACAAAAACUCUUUGGCUGGAAUGCAAAGCGCUGUGUCUGGAGAAAACCAGGCACAGCUCAUCACCAGUCUAACACCAUCCCUACCGUGAAGCAUGGUGGUGGCAGCAUCAUGCAAUGGGGAUGCUUUUCAGUGGCAGAGACUGGUAAGGAUAAAUCUGUGGAAAGACUUGAAGAUUGCUGUUCACCGCCGCUUCCAAUCUAACUUAACAGAGCUUGAGAAAAUCUGCAAGGAAGAAUGGGAGAAAAUCCACAAAUCCAGAUGUGCAAAGCUGAUACAGACAAACCCAAGACGACUCAAAGCUGUAAUCGUCGCCAAAGGUGCUUCUACAAAGUAUUGACUCAGGGGUGUGAAUACUCAUAUAAAUAAGAUAUUUCUGUAUUUAAUUUUCAAUACAUUUGUAAAAAUGUGUAAACAUGUUUUCACUUUGUAAUUAUGGGGUAUUGUGUGUAGAUGGGUGAGAAAAAUUAUAAUUUCAUCCAUUUUGAAUUCAGGCUGUAACACAACUAAAUGUGGAAUAAGUCAAGGGGUGUGAAUACUUUCUGAAGGCACUGUAGAUGUUUGUCUAAGAUCUUGAACAAGAACACUAUAAAAAACACCCAAGCAGCCAUUCACAAGCAUGUUUGCAGAGUGGGAGGGUACAGAUCAAAUGUAAUUUAAUCAGUUUCACCAUUAUUCAGGCCAACCAAAACAAAAGUAAAAUAAUUUACUUUGACAAGUUAAAUCAAUAAAAUACUUGUCUCUGAUGGUAGUUCUCCCUCUUCUUUAUAGUAAAUGGCGAUCGGUUUUCCAAUGGAUCGGCUAUAUCUGUACCUGAUUUGGUGGAAGGGGAGAUAUUUAUUCCACCUCCCCCUACAAUGGCACCCCCACCCCCUCCACCCAUGUUCAUCCCUCCCCCACCAGAUUUCUUGGGUGACUUGGACUCCAUUCAGCCUCCCUCCAUGCCCCCUCCAAAACCCCCAUCAAAACCACCAUCAGUGGUUCCAUCUAAAGAGUACGAGGAUUUCACCUCCCUGAAACCUCCACUUAUGCAUCCCCCGAAGCCCCCGUCAACUUCCUCCAGUGCUUCUAGUUCCUCUUUGUCCAUUUCUACACCACCACCGACCACUGUCCCUGAUUUUACUGAGCCCCCAAAGUUUGCCCCUCCACAGCCCCCUACAGACAUGAGGCAAGCUGCUCUGAAAGCCCUGAAGACCCCGCCUCCAAAGCCAACGAGGCUGUCCUCCAUCCACAGCAUUGACGAACCCCCCCAGUUUCCAGCCCCAGCUUCCCUUGCACAGAUCCCGACACCCUCCAGCUUCAACCCCCAGAACACAGCUAAGCUCUACAGUGUUCCUAAGACUGGCAUUCUAGGUAGGCAGGUGGACUGUGAUAAUAGGCCCAAGCAGAUCCUACUCCUCCAGGUCAAUGGGAAAGCCCCCUCUGUGGCACCACCAGCUAAGCCAGCCCGGAGAAAUAGCUCAGGUAUGCAGCUGGAGCAAGACCUGCAGGACUUAAAGGAAAACUUGCAAGCCACCCUUCCAGGCCAACCCACCCCACCCAAGACUUGGGAGGAAGUGAAAGUGGAGCCUUUGCCUUUAUCAGCACAACAGGGUAUCAACAAACCUGCCGCAACGCCCCCUAAAAUGUCACCCAAGCUUCAGAAGGUGGUCACUGCCUCUGUAAUCACAGAGGCUAGCCAGGUCAAGCAGGAAGCGUCUCCAGGCCGGAAUCGCAAGUUCAGUCCUAUGCUGGACCAUAAACUACGCAACCUAAAGGCCAGUGAGGUCACUGGGAUGAGGGAGGGUCCUUCUGCUUCCCCCCUGGCUCUUCUCAUGGCAGCUAAAGAGCGAGAGAAGCACAGGUCCACUCUUUCCCUUGAAAACAGCACAAAGAGUAAUGAGCCAUCAACCAGCAUCCAGCACAGUGAAUCCAAUCCCAAUUCUUUCACCGUCAUCCCUAGGUCCACCUCAUUCACUUCUGUAACCUCACAAGAUAAACCACAGUCUGUGGUCCCACUGGUGAUCCAAACUCCAGCAAAACCCCAGAUUAUUGAGUCAGUGGUGAAGGGGCCAAUUGCAAAUCCAGUAGUUCAGAGGAUUCUGCCCACCUCUAGAUCCUCAUCCUCCAGCAGUCUAGCCGUGGAGAAGCAAAGUGGAGAGCAGAGGACUCCUUCACCCUCUAGCCUUGUCAGGGAUGAAGAGAACAGGGAGGACCUAUGCAUGCCAUUACUCCCUCCCCCUCCCGAAUUCGAUGACCAUGAUGAUGUCGUGGACUCUCCCCCCAGCUCGCCUCCACCUGACCCUCCCGUGAAGAAGGUCCUGCCCCCCACUCCCAGCCCUGUCCUUCCAGUCCAGUCCCCCACUGCCACCCCUGUCAAAACUCCCUCCCCUCUGCCUCCGCCUCCGCCUCCCCCUCCAAAACCCAAAUCUCAAAGCCCUCCCAAAUUCCCACCUCCUGUCAUGGAGAUCAAACCCAAGCUGCCUGUUCAGACCAAACCCAAGCCACCUCCCACCCAGGGGCUCUCCUCCCUCUCAGCCAGCCAGGCCACGCUCCAGAGCAUCCUGCAGAAGAAGAUGCUAGAGAUGGACCGCAAAAUGGACAACAAAAUGCUGGCCAUGAAGGAAACAGACUCUGAUGACUGGGGGUCUCCCUUGUCUGAUGAGGAGACCAAGGUCCCUGUUGUCCUCAGAGUCACCCCGAAGAACCCUGUUAUCACCGCAAAGAGCAAGAGUGCCACCAUGCCAGCCAAAACACAAGGCCUGGACAUGAAGGAGCUGGAGACAAAAAUGGCCAUGAAGGCUCAGAGUUUGUCAGCGCCAUCAAAAGUUCCCACAAGGUAGGACUUGCUCGCUGUCCUUUAUCUUUAUUUGUCUGUUUGGCUUUUUAACAAAAUGUGAAAAAAACAAAUCUUUGUUAUGGUUAAGGUUAGGGUGUUGUGACUUAGUUUUUGUUUGUCUAGUAGUAUCCCUAAUUGCAUGUUUUGACUCACAGUAAAGAAUGUUAGCUAGAUGUAUUGUUAAAUGCAACAAGAUCAACCUGAUAUGUUUAAAUGAUUAAUUAUUUAUUCCUCUACUUUUUAGCAAUGGGCCACAGUCAAAGCAGGCGUGUGGCAUGACUUUCAUGGUACAACCCGGAACCAAACAACCAAUCACUGUUGUCAGCAAAGGGGACUCA